CCCUGAGAUAACACAUCGGUAUCUAUACACGUGUAGUAGCUGAGUUGCCAACUGCCCGGGAUAAGAGAGGGAAGGAAGGCCUGAGGCCAAUAGGUAUGCGUAUUCGAGGCUGAUGCGGGGGAUUUUUGGGACUUCCGAACCAACGUCUUUACCACCCAACGACUUGAUUGUUUGGUUGGCCUGCUCAAGCUCUCUUCUUAAGGGUAUGCGAGAUGACAGCCCCACUCCUUCGAUUCGGCCGUCUUCAAUCCCACUUUCAAUUCGAGCCUACCUGCAUCCAACUCUACGGUAAUUGCAGAAAUCAGUAUACACAGCGUAUUGCUGGGAAACCGAGCGCGGUUUCCUCUUCAAUCCAGGCAGAACCCGCAAGAUACUCAAAUCACCCCGUCGAUACUCAUUCAAUGGACAUCCCCAACCUUGUCGACCCCACCUCGACUGAGGCCGCCGCUACCGCCAACACCUCUAAUCUUGACAGUCCUGUCCGCAUCUUGGUGCAGACUCAAACCCACCUCAUUCCCGGCGACAAGUCUACUAAGUUUGGCGAGAGAUACGACGCAAUGGUGAACUUGAUCUGCCAGCACGUCUGGCAGCGCGGGUACGACAAAUUUCGAGAGCGCGAUUGGAACCGCGACUGCCACUUCGCCGUGGACAAUGUCGAGUGCUGGUUCCUUAUAGACCACCAUGGCCCGGACCCGACUCCGCCGUCAGACCCGCCAGUUAUAUGGUAUCGAUGGACCGGAACAGAAUUUAGUACGGUGAUACGCGACCCACUCCCCAGCAGGGUGCGCCGCGAGCUCCGUCGUUAUCCAUUCGAACGGGUUGCCCACCACAUCCUUACUCAGGUUCACCAUAAGCCGAAGCCGCCAAGGGUUUAUCAGUCCCGUGCCGAGGAAAUACGUGUAAAACGAAGCAUGCUCCGCAGUACGUUGCUUAGUGGAUCUGGCUUGACCGAGGAGCUUCUACAAUUUGUACAGGAUUGUCCUGAAGCGGCGGAAUGGGUGAAGGCAAGGGUUCCACCCGAGUCUUGGGCGAGACUCGAGGAUCCUUCCGAGUUUGUGCUUCCACUCGAGCCGAGAGAGGGCAAUACCUGGACUGGGUCCUCAGACUUGGCUGAGCGCUCAGAGACUUAGAGGGGGCUGCAGCACACACGCAAUCAACCAAAUGCAGACUGCCGAAGAAGAUUGAUAUUUAAAUGAGCUAGGAACACCGUCUCAAUAUCUCUGGACCAGCCAAAAGACGUUUCUCUAUUGGGAGGUACCAGACCAUUUAGACCUCUAGGCCAGCCCAAGGACCAAUUCCUCCACAGCACUAAUAGCGGAAAAUUUUCGAGCCCUCAGUCUGCCCCUGCUAGGGGACCACAUGGGACCAGCCCAUGACAGUAACAACGCAGAGAUAGACACUCCCCUGUCCCGACAUCCAACAUCAAUAAU